AUGCUGAAGCGCCGAUCAGCUUGCGAGCGUUGCAGAGGCCAAAAGCUCAAAUGCAUCCGCGAACCUGAGAAUAGGACCGACUCCUGUCUGCGAUGCACCCAAGCACGAGAAGAAUGCGUUGUCAAUUUGCGAAAAACCCCAGGUCGACCAUCUGGACGAACCAACUCGUCCAGCAGACGCAGCCCUCCCAACAAUACAACCCCCCCGACCCAGACACCUACACCUGCACCAACCUUGGUUCUCGACGAUAGCGACUCCAUCUCAGCACCAAGGAAUGGAUCGUUCGCUUCGUCUUCCGAAGAUGCCCUGGAAGGUCUACUAGACAUGAACAUUGACUGGGGCGACAUGAACAUGUUCUUGCUAAACGGGAACGGAACAGACCAAGUCCCCGAAAUCCCCAGUUCCUUGUUUAGUUACGCAGAAUCUACCAGGGUUGAGCCUCCACCUCCGUGCGCUUCCUGGUCCGCUUCUGGAGAUUUUGCCGCGCCAACCGGCCUGUUCCCCUGCCAGAUCCGCAAUGAAGUCUGCGACCCAGGUAUUCAGCUCUCUGGACUCCAGCAGAGUCUUUCAAAACACCUUGUUCAGCUUCAGUCCUUUUCAUGGGACAUCACAUCUGUUUUGAAAUUGGAAAGUGCUUCCUUUGGUUUCCAAACUCCAGAAUCACUUUGUGAGACAAGUAGGUCAUUCAACCCACUUGUCGGUACUUUUGAGAUCAUUUCAGAUUUUGAACAUGUCCUUGAAUUAUUGAAGAACGCCGUCAAGCGAAGAGAGCGACAAGAAGUCCCAACUCUGCCAAAAGAGAUGCUCAUCUGCUACUCCUUGACUGCUAUUUCGUGUUAUUUACAGUUGGUCUGUGUCUACAACAACUUAUUCUCAUAUGUCCUGGAUCAAGCAUCAAGCAACCCAGCCGUCAGGACAUUCAUCCUUGAUUCCACCCCGGGAAUUUCUCUCAGUGGGUUUGUUAUUCCGUCACCGAAAAACAUUGUCGGUCGAUCAUUUGCACAGCUGAUGCAACACAAGAUCGGCUCUGUUGAAGCGGCUCUGGGACUUCCAGAUGAUUGGCGAAUCUCAAAAGAUCCAUCAUCACAUCAAUCCGCUGAUCGACCUUUGCUACUUGGUGGUAAAGAAGGACAAGCAUUGUUGGAGUUACUCAUGGGUCAAGCUGUUGAAGGGGAAAGUCUUUCUAGCGCAAUGGGUCUAUUGGAAUCUGUACGAGAAAAGAUCACCGAGAUAGAAUGUUUAGCGUAG